GUGUAUAUCAAACAUCAUCAUCAUUUUCUUUUUUCCUACACCUGAGGACUGAGGGGGGGGGGGGCUGUCUGCAUGUCGUGUGUUUUUAAUAAUCCAUAAACAUUCAUAUGACUGCGGUCUGAACACCACGUGCUGCCAAGAUACAUGUGCCCCACGUGCAACUUCUCAGAGGAGUUACCUGCGGUGUGCUUGUAUCGUAAGACAGGCCCCGCCCACUCCCCCCUCCCCCCUCCACACCAGGUCCGGUAUAAAGGCCGCUGUGGACGCGCAGGGGAGCGCGCUCCUGGACACAUCUGGAGCGAGCAGCUGCGCACGUAGAGCGGCACGAUGCGCUUCUUCGCUCUGCUCUGGACGCUCUGCUUCCUGCUGAAGGAGGUGCGCGCGUGGGGCUACAAGAACGGGAUAUUCCACAACUCCAUAUGGCUGGAACAAGCCGCUGGAGUUUACCACCGGGAGUCCCGCAAAGGGAGAUACCAGCUGACCUAUAGAGAGGCCCGGGCCGUCUGCCAGUACGAGGGGGGGAAGCUGGCCACGUACGACCAGCUGGAGGCGGCUCGUCAAAUAGGGUUCCACGUGUGUUCCGCCGGGUGGUUCGACAAAGCCCACGUGGGCUACCCCAUCGUCAAACCCGGAGUCAACUGUGGCUUCGGGAAGCUGGGCGUGGUGGACUACGGGGCCCGGCGCAACAAGAGCGAGCGCUGGGACGUCUACUGCUACAACCCGGACUCCAAAGAGUGCGGCGGCGUGCUGACGGAGCAGCUGAGGGUCAUCCAGUCGCCCGGCUUCCCCGAGGAGUACCAUGACGAGCAGAUCUGCAGCUGGCACAUCCGGGUGCGCCUGGGCCAGAGGAUCCACCUCCACUUCCUGGAGUUCGACGUGGAGGAGGACGUGGGCUGCCUGGCCGACCACCUGGAGGUGUACGACAGCUACGACGACAUCUCGGGGUUCGCCGGGAGAUUCUGCGGUGAUUAUUUACCCGAUGAUAUCAUCAGCACAGGCAACGUGAUGACGCUGAAGUUCCUCUCGGACGCCUCCGUCACGGCCGGCGGCUUCCAGCUCCGCUACGUCGCCUUCGACGCGUCGGACCGGAAUCACACGCAUCACCUCCACUGACCCCGCUGGAUGCACUCACACCUGUACUCGUGAGGUCACCUGUACUCGUGAGGUCACCUGUACUCGUGAGGUCACCUGUACUCGUGAGGUCACCUGUACUCGUGAGGUCACCCCGUUGUACUCGUGAUGUCACCCCAUUGUACUCGUGAUGUCACGUGUACUCGUGAGGUCACCUGUACUCGUGAAGUCACCUGUACUCGUGAGGUCACCCCGUUGUACUCGUGAUGUCACCCCGUUGUACUCGUGAUGUCACCCCAUUGUACUCGUGAUGUCACCUGUACUCGUGAUGUCACCUGUACUCGUGAUGUCACUUGUACUCGUGAGGUCACGUGUACUCGUGAGGUCACCUGUACUUGUGAUGUCACCUGUACUCGUGAUGUCACCUGUACUCGUGAUGUCACCUGUACUCGUGAUGUCACCCCGUUGUACUCGUGAGGUCACCUGUACUUGUGAUGUCACCUGUACUCGUGAUGUCACCUGUACUCGUGAUGUCACCCCGUUGUACUCAUGUCACCUGUACUCGUGAGGUCACUUGUACUCGUGAUAUCACUUGUACUCGUGAGGUCACCUGUACUCGUGAGGUCACUUGUACUCGUGAGGUCACCUGUACUCGUGAGGUCACUUGUACUCGUGAUGUCACUUGUACUCGUGAGGUCACCUGUACUCGUGAGGUCACUUGUACUCGUGAGGUCACCUGUACUCGUGAUGUCACCUGUACUCGUGAGGUCACUUGUACUCGUGAUGUCACCUGUACUCGUGAGGUCACUUGUACUCGUGAGGUCACCUGUACUCGUGAUGUCACUUGUAAUCGUGAGGUCACU